AUGCCGACGCCACGUUGCGACGUGCUGGGGGGUUCAAUGUGGACAAGCGGCAGUUGCCGACGUGUAGCCCGGGACAAAUAUGAUGUCGGGCUGGACGUGGUUAUACUUUCUUAUCCUCGUGCUCUUCUUGCUUUCCCAGACCUCUCUUCUCGUUACGAAAGUCUUGGACUUGAACGACUUGGCGAUCAUCCGACUAAAACGUGGCUUCGCGCAUGUAGCACCAAGGUCGCAAUGACAGAGUCGUUGCAACCUCGCAUCUACACAUCCCUCAUCACUAUUCUAGUCCCAGCUUUGUUAUUAGUCUGCCUACGUUUCUACGCUCGGAGGUUAAAACGUGUUAAAUUGUGGUGGGAUGACUAUUUGGCCGUACUGUCCCUGGUAUACGGGCAUGAUCGGCUACGAUGUAAUUUGUUUUCUCUACGCGGUAUCUCCAUGUUAGCUGUAGCCUUCUACGUGCUAAUCUUAUAUGUGCCAAAAUCCACCAUUUUGCCACGCAACAGCCGACAUAUCGUGUGGCAGGGUUUCAGCUGUGCUUAUUGGAAUGCGAGGGCCGUUGUGGCAGACACGUGGCUUGCCAGGUGA